GCUGCUUGGGCGCCACCACUACUGUCCCCAACCCGCCCCGCCAGCCGAGCCAAAGGGCGGCGUGACUCACGGGGUUGCCACCAGCCCACGGCUUUUGCCCCCGAUGUAUAAAGGCUGCCGGGGCGGGAGGCUGUCGAGCCCUCCUCGGCCUGAGGCGCAUCAAAGCAUGGCUGGAGGCACGGAGCGAGGCGGUACUGGCGCGGGCUGGGGACUGCGCGGCGCCCUGGUGGCCGUGGCGCUGCUUUCGGCGCUCAAUGCGGCGGGCACCGUGUUCACGCUGUGCCAGUGGCGCGGGCUGAGCGCGGCUUUGCGCGCGCUAGAGGCGCAGCAGGGCCGGGAGCAACGCGAGGACAGCGCCCUGCGCGCCUUCCUGACUGAACUGAGCCGGGCGCCCCGCGGGGCGUCCGCUGCACCCACCGACCUCUCGAGCGCUGCGCGCAACAAGCGCAGCCACAGCGGAGAGCCGGCGCCACACGUCCGCGCUGAGAGUCACGACAUGCUGAUGAUGAUGACCUACUCCAUGGUGCCGAUCCGGGUGAUGGUGGACCUGUGUAACAGCACCAAGGGCAUCUGCCUGACAGGACCGCCUGGGCCACCAGGGCCUCCGGGAGUCAGUGGGUUACCAGGAUUCAAUGGCUCAGAUGGAUUGCCUGGGCCCCAGGGCCCAAAGGGUGAAAAAGGAGCCAAUGGAAAAAGAGGAAAAAUGGGUCUUCCUGGAGCUACAGGAAGUCCAGGGGAAAAGGGAGACCCUGGUGAACUGGGCUUGACUGGAAAUGAGGGCCCCGCAGGGCAGAAAGGUGAAAAGGGGGACAAAGGGGAUGUGUCCAACGAUGUGCUCCCUGAAGGCAUCAAAGGUGACCAAGGUCCGCCCGGCCCUCCUGGACCUCCGGGCCCUCCAGGCCCCCCAGGACCCCCUGGAAGCAGAAAAGCCAAAGGCCCUCGGCAGCCGAACAUGUUCAACGGCCAGUGCCCAGGGGAGGCAUGUGGGAUAUCAAAUGACGACACUCUGGCCGGAAAAGCAGAUGAGAAAGUCGAUGAACACCUUUCCCCACUAGCAGAAUCCAUGAUCGCAUCCAUCGGAAAGCCCACGCAGGUGCUCAGAGUUACAGAGACGUUUGGGACGUGGAUCAGAGAGUCUGCUAACAAGAGCGAUGAACGGAUCUGGGUGACCGAACAUUUUUCAGGCAUCCGGGUGAAGGAAUUCAGUGACCAGCCCUCUCUGCUGAAUGGCAGCUACACACUCAUCCACCUCCCGUAUUAUUUCCACGGCUGCGGGCAUACUGUUCACAACAGCUCUCUCUACUACCACAAAGGAGGUUCCAACACCAUCGUGAGAUUUGAAUUUGGCAAAGAAACAUCCCAAACUCUGAAGCUGGAAAACGCCUUGUAUUUUGAUCGGAAGUACCUCUUUGCAAAUUCCAAGACUUACUUCAAUUUAGCUGUAGAUGAAAAGGGCCUUUGGAUUAUCUAUGCUUCCAGUGCGGACGGCUCAAGCAUUCUUGUGGCACAGCUGGAUGAGAGGACAUUUUCUGUGGUGCAGCACAUCAAUACCACGUACCCCAAGUCCAAGGCCGGUAACGCCUUCAUUGCCCGCGGGAUUCUCUAUGUCACAGACACCAAAGAUAUGAGGAUAACGUUUGCCUUUGAUUUGUUAGGAGGGAAACAGAUCAAUGCAAACUUUGAUUUAAGAACUUCCCAGUCUGUUCUUGCCAUGUUAUCAUACAAUAUGAGAGACCAGCACUUAUAUUCGUGGGAAGAUGGCCAUCUAAUGCUUUAUCCUGUGCGUUUCUUGUCAGAGACAUUAAACCAGUGAUGGGAUGCAUUCUGCUCACCCCCAGCAAAUCUCAGUUAUUCUCUGGGACCAUUUAUACCAAUCCCCCCAAAAAAACUUGUCUUUAAGGGUAGCCAGAUAUUUCGCUGUGGUGAUUUCAUGCAUAUUUAUGUGGCUGGCAGAUUCUCUUUAAAUUCGGAUUCUCUAAAGUAACAACAGAUUUGAAAUUGAAAUAACUAAGAUGUAGCAAUUUCUCUAAAACUGGCCUUGAUUUGUUACCUGCCCUUAGACCUUCUCCCGCCCUCCUUCAGGUCCCUCAUCUGGAGGGGCUGGCUGACAGGACUGGUAAUGUCACAGGGCAACCCAAUGGGAACUGGGUUGCCUAUCUGUGGGUCCUCAACCGCGCGCUUAAGAUCCAAUUAUACUUCAGACACACACAAAAAAGUUCGAUAAUGGGUUUAUUUACAAAGGGGAAAGAAAAUGGAACAACCA